AUGAUUGCUACACCUAUAAGAUUAGCAAAGAGUGCAUAUGAGCCGAUGAUAAAAUUCGUCGGUACAAGGCAUCCCUUAGUGAAGCAUGCAACUGAGGUCGUUGUUCAUCCUUGCGCUACCAACGGAAUGUUACCUGGCAGCAAAGAGUGUAUUCCAGUGAGUAAAUUCAUGGAAAAUUAUAAACCAUUCCGUGUAGUGCCAAUAAAGCAUAGCGCUAAUGCUGGUCUCAGCUCGUCAAAGACCUCUGUAUUCGUUAACAGGCCAUUGCAAAAAGAUGAGCUUGCUUCCAUUUUCGAGCUACCUGCUAGGUUUCGGUACAAACCUAUUAACGAGCAUGAAUUGGAGAGCAUAAAUAGCGGUGGUGCAUGGUGA